AUGGGCGGUAUUCAAAGUUGCUUUUCUCCUGCGCCCUAUGUUGAACUUAAAGCUAAUAAUGUCAACGACACCAUCCUCACCUAUUACACAAAUUUGGCAUCCGCACAGCUUGGCAGCACGUUAGUAUCAGCAUCCGACCAAUAUUACGGCAAUGCAAAGCAUAUGUUACGGGAUGAUAAUCCAACACCAAGCCAUCAAAGACGAGAUGGUACACACGAUGGUUGGCAAACAAGGCGACAUUUAAAAGACGCGUCUGCCAUCAUACGCUUAGGAAGCCAUGGCCAUAUCUAUGGUAUCGAGAUCAAUACAAUUGGCUUUGAUGAUGCAGCACCCAAUACUGCCACGGUGGAAGCCAAAAGAGAAAAGGCACCGCACGAGUGGGAUACCUUGCUAUCAGAUGUACCUAUCAAGCCAGAUUCCCAUAAUCUCUUUUUACUCGGCACGAGCGACCAUGUUUAUUCGGAAGUGAAACUCACCAUUUAUCCGGGUAGUGGUGUGGCACGUUUCCGAUGUUAUGGUGAUGCUGUGCCUUCAUGGGGAACAAACGUCCAUUCAGCCAAUUUAGCAUCAGCCAAGAAUGGUGCUAGAAUCAUUCGCUGGACCGAUAUCAAGCAUUCCAAUAACCCAAACAUCCUACUGGAUCACUCCAAGAGCGCCGAGGAUGGUUGGGAGACACCGCAUUCACGUACAAAUGCACGAAAUGACUUUAUUGUGGUUCAACUUGCCACACCAGGGAUCUUGAAUAAUGUUGUCGUCAGCACGGAACAUUUUAUUGGCAAUGCCCCCGAAUCGGUGUCUGUGGAUGGAUGUUAUAGCACAGAGGAGGAUCCUGCUUAUGAUUACUCUGCCAAUUGGGAAGAGCUUGUGAGCCAAGCACCCGUUGAAGCAAACAACAAGAAUAACAAAUUCCCCAUUGAUUCAAACCAAGUCUUUUCACAUCUUCGCCUUACGAUUCAUCCAGAUGGCGGUAUUCAACAUUUCUCCGCCAUGGGACGUCCAGCACCACCACCAGUAGAGGAGAAAAAGAAAGAAGUGGUGGAGGAAGAAGUGACAUCAGAGGAGGAGGAGGAGGAAGCAAAUGUGCCUCGUCAAACAAGGACAAGAACAGCAGCAGCAGCUAAAAGAAGAACACGAGCAGCUGCAGAGAAAGCUGUGGAAACCAUUCAGGACCUGGCACCUCGUAGGAAAAAGCAACGUAGUACUUGA